AUGUGUUUCCAUUUGCCAUUUGCGGAUAAUGAGCUGUUGUCUGCUAAGCAAUCAUCAACAUUAACUGCAGAUUAUAUAGGCCAGCUCUGUCAACAUCCUAUAUCAGUUCUUUGUGAAAGAAGAACAGAACCCAGAAAGAUCCAAUCUCUAUCCACAACUUCUUUAUCCAAACUCUCAACUUCUCGAGAGUCUUUAACAAGGAGCGUUCAUGGGGGUUUAGUGCUAGUAUCUGCAGUUCUUGAUACUGGUUUAGCUAAAGCUUUAACAUAUGAAGAAGCACUGCAGCAGUCAACAAGUUCUUCCACAUCCGAUGUUGAUGUAAGUGGGAUUCUUGAUAGCGUUAUCAGUUUUGGAACUGAUAAUCCUGCAAUUAUAACUGGUGGCGUUACCAUUUUGGCAGUUCCAUUGAUUUUGUCUCUGGUUCUAAAGAAGCCUAAACCAUGGGGUGUUGAGUCUGCAAAAACUGCUUAUGCAAAGAUAGGUGAAGAUGGGAGUGCCCAGUUGCUGGAUAUAAGACCUCCACCAGAGUUUAGGCAAGUGGGUAGUCAUGAUGUCCGAGGUUUGGGUAAGAAGCCUGUAUCAAUUGUUUACAAAGGUGAAGAUAAGCCAGGGUUCUUGAAGAAGCUGUCUUUGAAGUUCAAGGACCCAGAAAAUACUACAUUGUUCAUCCUAGACAAUUAAUGUUGAUGAUUGCUUUCCAUGUUAUGGAUUAUCUGCUGGAAACGUAAAGUGGACAGAAGAGAGGAGAUGGGGAAUGAAGACGAAAAAGAAGAGGUUUAGAAUUUUUUUUUUUAAGAAUGGAGACGCCCGUCCAAACGUAAGAGACUGGCAUACAAACAUGAGUUGGACGGCCAUCCCUAAAGUUUUUAUUUUUUUUUUAUUUUCAUAUUUUGAUUAAGGACGGGCG